AUGUCUCUCGUAACUCUUUCCCACGUAGCUUCGCAUCUCCAAAAUGCCUCAAAAGCCCGUCUUGGGCUCACUUCCGUCCCAUCCUCGAACAUGAUCCUCACUCUCAUGCUCAGUCUCCAAUCGUCUGGAUUUCUAUCCUCGGUCACCCGUGGUGGCCUCACUCCUCCUCCCAUGGACGAACUAUCUACAUAUGAGCCAGAAGCUGUCACACAGCGAAAUAUCUCGACAAGGAGGUUAUGGCUAGGAUUGAAGUAUUGGAAUAAUGAGCCGGUGCUGAGUCGGAUGUCGGUGAUCAGUAAACCCACGAAGAGAAUUUGGAUGGAUGUAGAGGGGCUUUCGGAGAUCAUAAGAGGAAGAAAUGCAAACUUUGUGGAGGGUUUGCGGAACCCAGGAGAGUGUAUCUAUAUUAGUACAUCAAGCGGGAUCAUGGAGGCAAGAGAAUGCGUAGAGAGGAGGGUGGGUGGUAUGCUUUUAUGCAGAGUGGAGUAG